AGAAAGAAAAAAAAAGAAAGAACAAGAAAAAAAAAGAGAAGAAAGGAAUCGACAAAGCUCGAAAAACUUUCGUACAGUUUUUGUGGCUAAAUCGGUUCCGCCGGUAGCCACGUGUUUGACUGAUGUCUCGAUCGUGGAGAAAAGAUCAUCAUAGUGAUCGUGCGUCGUGGACCGGCAUUUCAUCAGCCAUGUGUUCCUGAUUUUCGAGAAAUUUUGUCAAAGAUUAAAAAAAAAAAAAAAAAUAGAAAUAAAAGGACGUUCGAAAAAGAGUGGGUGUUAUCUAUGACGAUAAUGAUGCCGAUAAUGUAAGCUAUCUAGCUGGUAUCGAUUCUUAGGUAGACGAAAUGACGAACGACGGGAGAUUGUUAUUAUUGUUGGCAUUGCUGAUGGCGUACGGAUUGCUUGCGGUCGAAUCAAGGUAUCGCGAGGAUACUGCUCUCGAGGCAAGAAGACAUCGGCACAGACACAGGCAUGAAACAUCGGCUAGCAGAAGAAAUCAUCAUGACCUGAUUGACAGACGAUCGAGUUGGUCACGAGAAUUGGAUUACGAAUACGACGAUAUGGAUGAUGAUUCCAGACAAGACGACGAUGAGUACGGCGAUGAGGAAGAUUACGAUGGUAUUAGAUCUUACGAGGAAAGGUUAUAUCCAAGAUCCAGAGGGAAGAAUUAUCAGGAAAGAAUUUUCGAAUCUAAAUAUCCAAGACGUCAUCGAGAAAGUUAUCACGGUUGGUAUCACGACGAAGAAAAACGUCGGGCUCCCUCAAGAUAUAAUUGGAAGAAUCGUCAUAGGUCAAGAUUGGGAAGACUCGGUAGGAAUAGACACAGAGGAAGCUAUUCGAGAAAUCGUGAAGUUUUUCGCGAUGAUUUUAACGAGGAGAACGAGGAGGAGGAUGAGGAAGAGGAAAGGUCAGCGCGUCACUACGAGGAUGAUUCUGGUCCGGAUAAUCAUUACUCUUCCUACUUACCUUGGAGAAAUUCCAAGAAGCACAGGAGCAAUUGGAGAAGAGAUUGGAGAAGCAACAGGCAAAGUUCGAUUGGUUAUCGUAACGGAAAGAAAUUCUACGAUGCGAGCGACCUCGAUAGCAUGAGGAAAUUUAGAUUGGACGAUCAAAGGAGAAGGAGGACGAACUUGACCGAGAGAAUUUUAGAGGAUUAUAUGGAGAACGAGAAGGAGGAGGAGGAAGAGGAUGAUAUCUGGAAGGAAGCCGAGAAAGAAGAGGAAGAGGAUGACGACGCCGACAAUGAAAAUGCCGAGGAGGAACUCGAUAAUGAUUUUUACAAAAAUGAAAAUAAGCCGCCGUUGUACAGCUACGACGAUAUUAUCAGGAGACUUACGUCGGAUGAUCCUAGCACGGCAAAGCCGACGGUGAAAAGGGAUUACAGGAACGUUGGUAUAGAAAAGUAUCCUUUGCGCAUAUCGUACAACAACAACAGUGCCUCCAGAAAUCUUACUCGCCCGAAGGUCGUCGGCUCUUCUUAUGUAGCCGGCGCGUCCAGUUAUUUUGUAAAUAAAAAGCCGUCGAACGGAGAGGAGGUAGUGGAUAGGAACGUCGCGAUGAUCAAGUCCGCGAGUGUAGAGAUCAAACGUAAACCCUCGAAGAACGUGAUCAGUGUCGUGGUUAAAGACGAUGACGAGCAUUCCGGAAAAGCUAAGACAAAGAGUCUCGAGCAGGAAUACGAUGACUACUUGAACACCGAGGACAACGAGAAGGAGGAAGAUCUUAUUAAGGCCGGCGUCGAAGAUGAUUCCGGCAUGCAAUCGGACGUCACUAACACGGAUUACAACGACAAUGAAACCACGAACGAUCAGAAGAGCACGAGUACGACGACGACUACUACGAGCACCACUACUACCAGCACCACUACCACAACAACGACCACACCUAAGCCUACGCUUACUCAGCACUUCGACUACAGAGAUUCAAGAGCUUACGACAGUGGUACCAGCACCCAAUACAACGGCUACCAAGCGAAAAACGACUACCCGCCUAUGUCAGCUCACAGCGUUCACAAGUGGCAGUCCCUGGGCACUCGAGAGAGCGUUAAAGAGACCAGAAGCAACAUGCAGCAAUAUAACAAAAACGGCAAGACUGCACAGAUCAAGGAUGCUCUACAAUACGCGAUAAAAGUAUCUAAAGAAGGUAGCUGUCAGUGGCCACGUCCAAGAGUUAUUCCGGUUCGCGAUGUCUAUCCGAGUCCAUCGACCACCUACAUUCCACACUGCGCCAUCUUGCACAGGUGCUCGGACGAUACCGGAUGUUGCAGAUCGGAAGCACUCACCUGUGUGCCUAAGCACUCUCAUCGUGUUGAACUAUCUUUUUACAUGACAAACAUCGUUGGUACAAGCGUGGUUGAAAGAUUAUCUUUUUACAAUCACACGGAAUGCGAGUGUGUAGAGAAAAUAGAAUACGAUACGAACGAGAAGUCCGUCGAGCAGAGAUUCUACCGGCAUCAUCAGCUCUCUCCGCAGCCGCAAAAUAUGAGGAGAGCACCGCCAAGAAAAUCGUGCCGAUGUCCCUCGGAAUUCACGCCGAAAAUCACGCCGGACGGAGAGUGCCAAUGUUACUGUUACGAACAUAAUCAAAACUGCAUCAAAACGAAACGUGGAAAGGGAUAUUUUUCUUUGAGCGACAGAUUGUGUAUUCAAAAUAUCGAAUGUGCAAUACCUAUCUGUGAAUAUGGUGAGUAUAUGAGACGAGAAGGUAAAUGUCCUAGAAAGAGGGACAAGUUCGAUGCGAUGGCCAAUUUCGGUAUGAGCUUCAAUCAUCGAUAUAGGAGUUAGAAAAAGAAAAACAAUUGACUUGACGAUAGAAGAAACAAACAACGAAAAAAGCAGGAAUAAUGAGCGCAACGUAAUGCGCUAUAACCCGACGGUGCCAUUUACUUUGUCUUUUUUUUUUUUUCAAGUGCCUUUGACGGAGAGACUUACUAUAUGAUAUACAUGUAUAUAUAUAUAUAUAUAUAUAUAUAUAUAUAUAUAUAUGUAUGUAUAAAAUAUAUAUAUAUAUAUAUUCUCACACAUACGCGAUUAUGUAUAAAAUGUAUUACGCCAUUCUUAGAUGAUAGAAGUCGCAUGAUCACGUUCUGAUUAUCGUCCCCCACCCUUUCUCUUUCUCUACAAUUUCAUUUUCUCUUUUAGUUACCUUUCUUUUUUAAUAUACGAACUUAUUAGCUCCGGAAAAAAAAAAAAUACAUCGACGAUAGAAUAAAACUCAUUUCUGAUGGCUCAUGUUUAUUUGAACGUCCGAUCACGCACACUUCUAUUCUACUUAUAAACGUAACAUGAUUCGAAGAAAGUAAGUAGGUCGGAUCGAUUAGAAUCAGCCUGUUAAAACUUUCCUUGGGAUACGAUCUCCGUCGAUCAUUUCCGACUUCAAAGGAACUAUCUAUCUUUGAAUUUAUCUUCCCUCCAUUUCCUAUUUCCCUUUGAACGCGAGAAAGUACAGGAUGAUGAUACGAAGAAACGAUGAUACGAAUGUCGUGCUAAAGGUUUGAGCAAAAAAAAAAAAACGCAUUACUUUGCGAUACCGUCGACAUGUAAAGCAAAUGUAAUUUCGUAUUUUGUGAUGUAACAUAACGUGCAUAAUGUCCUAUGAAUGAGAUAACUGUAUCGAAAGAGAACGUAGAUUUGAACUGUUGCGCGACGUAUAUUUUAAUUUAAUUCGUAAUUUUAAUAGCGAGAUAUUGCUCGCGUUUUUUUUUUUUUUUCAUAGUUUACGCUAGAACACGAGCCUAGUCUGAGGAUCUGUCUCUCUUCUCUAAGAAAAACUCUUCUCCCGAGAGAAACUAAUAAUACUAACAUGUUAAGAAAAAAAAAGGAAAAAAAAAAAGAAAAAAAAAAGAAAAAAGAAAGAAAAAAAAAACAAGAAAAACGCACACACAGAAUUAAAUUAAUAAGACGAUAAAAGACAAGAAUGAAUUAACCAAAAAUGUUAAGAGAAGGGUUUAUCAAGAAUCGAAACAGGUCCUUGAUGUAUCCACGAUUUUGUAUGUUUACAAUGGUACAUUUUUAUUGUAUUUAAUCGAGCCAUUAAUCCGUAAAUAUUUAGUUAAUUUAAUAUUUAAUCUAAAGGUAGUUUUGUAAUUCUUCGAUCCACCCUGUCUUCUGUAUUUUUUUUUUUUUUUUUGUUAUCCUGCUCUUUCCUUUUAACUUUAAGUAUGAAUAGCAGCAGCGGUCGUGUACCUAGAUUCGUGAUUAUGCUCUUUCUCAUAAAAUUAUUCAAUUUUGCGUGAAUAUAUUAUUUGUGGCUUAUCGAAGUAUAGAAAAGGAAUAAAAGUAAAAAAAAAAAAAAAUAGUAAAUAGAGAUACAAUAGGUAGAGAUGCAUUUUUGUAAACAUCGGAACAGUUUCAUGAAUCACUGUAUCGUUUGAUAACACGCUCUUUCCUCUCUCUCUCUCUCUCUCUCUCUCUCUCUCUCUCUCUCUCUCUCUCUCUCUCUCUCUCUCUCUCUCUCUCUCUCUCUCUCUCUGGAUAUGUUUCUUAUGUUACUAAUAAAAAUGAAAGAAAUCAAAGAGUUUUGCAUAAAGUUAAAUACUUUAGACAAUGCGUGUCGUUGGAAAUCGCGUGCGAAAUAAUGUUUAACAAAUAAAUUUUAAAUACAAAAGGAGUGAAGGGAAAAAGAAAAAUAUGUAAAAAUUUUGCACAUAGCAUUUACGACAGUUCGCCGAUAAUAUUUUGCUCUGUCCAUAUUGUUUUCAUUCGAUUAUUAAAAUUUUUUCCUUUGGCCUUGCUGUGAAAUAACAAUCGUCUCGCUAAAAAUCGAAGCAUUUAAAUUUUCUCCCUUUUUGUAUUCUUUUGUAUACGUUUACAUGGAUUGCUAUAAUUAUAGGCAGGAUAAUCUACCUAUUAAUAGUCAGAACAAUUGACAGCGUUUCAUUUAACAAAAUAUAAGUCUAUUAUCUGUAUAUGAAAACAUUUCUUUCUUCUACAAAAUAAAAAAUCAUCUUUUCUAUAUACCACUCCUACUGAUUCUCCCUCGUACGCGAUACACGUCUCUAGAUAGUUCAUGUAGAUGUAGACGGCAAAUAAAAUAGUAAAAUUAGAUAAGCGA